AUGGAAUCUGGAGUCGGGGGGCAAUUAGAUUUUGUUUCUUUGAAGAAAAAGUUAUCCAUUAAGGUUGUAGAAGGUAAUUUGAGUAAUUUGAGAGAGUUAGCUGGAAGAAUGAAAACCAUAUCAAGGAAUACUUUCAAGAGGAAAUAUGAGAAUUUAUUAGGUUUGUUGAAAGUGGAAGUUCAAGUUGCAUCACUCACAACUUUGGCCCAAUACUACGAUCCACCAUUAAGAUGUUUCACCUUCCAAGAUUUCAGGAUCUUGAAAGUGCAUCCUGUUGAGCUAGAAGGUAAAAUGAUUACCAAGGGCAAUUCGAAAGGCAUCUCUCAGGGGUAUUUGGAGUGGCAUUUGCAACAAUUGACUGAAGAAGGAUUUGGAGAAACAUUCAUGGACGUCUUAGCUAUCACACUUUACGAAGCCAUGUUUUUCCCUAACAUGGAGAAUAUCAUUGACCACACCGCCAUUAAUGUAUUUGUGGUUUACAAAAAUCAUUCAGAAAGCCCAGUUAAUGCAGUUUUGGAUGAUAUGUACGAAAGUCUAAACCUUUGCCAUGACUUCAAGAAGAAGAAGAUGUUAUGUUGUUUACCUGUGUUGUACGUGUGGUUCAUCUCAAGAAUUAAUAAGGGUAUUUCAAAUGUUGAGGGUCCAGUUGAAGAAGUUUUAUUGAACAAGCCAGAAAUUAAAGGGGCAAAGGAUUGGGCUCAGUUUUGUGCAAGCUUGAAUGGGGGAAAGAUCAGAUGGUGCCUUCCUUGGCAAUCUAGGUCACGUAUCAUUUCAUGUGGAAAUUUUCCUAAUGUACCUCUCAUAGGCAGAAGGAGCUAUAUAAAUUAUAAUCCUGUGUUAGCUCAAUGA